UCACAAUCAGGUGAUGUGUCUGUAAAGACUAUAUAAAGGCGCUCCUCCUCGACACUUCAUCAGCUUAUCGCCUGCUGCUCUUCGACUCUUCCAGUGCCUGCUCUGACUGGACAGCAGAAUGAGUGCCAAGAAGUCUCCCGAAGAAAUGAAGAGCAUUUUUGAAAAAUAUGCAGCCAAAGAAGGCGACCCAAACCAGCUAUCAAAGGAGGAGCUGAAGCUACUGAUUCAGUCCGAAUUCCCCACUCUCCUGAAGGGUGCGAGUACUCUAGACAAUCUGUUUAAAGAGCUGGAUAAGAAUGGAGACGGAGAAGUCAGUUUCGAAGAAUUUCAAGCACUGAUCCAAAAGAUAUCAGCAUGAAGACGCCAUUAAGGAGCACCAUCACCACCUAGUGAUGGAAUCCUUCACAGUCAUAAAGAUCUAGCUGUGAGACCAAUAUACUGUGAAUAAAGCAAUUUCUGAGACAUGUC